AUGAUGGGUGACCAAACGAGCCCAAAGCCGAGCACUUCGCAAAAGUAUCAGCGCUUAUCGUGGACGGAAGUUGUCAAUCGUGAAUGGUCAACCUCGUUUAUCAUAUGCUCAACUUGCAUAGCCAUCAUGAUGGUUGUCAUGAUAAUUUUCGGUAUAUGCACUUUCAUCUACCUGCAGACCCAGCCGCGUGGAGGAAAGAAACUCUACACGGCUAGAGAAUAA